AUGGAAACAACGAAUACGUGGAAUAUACCAAUGAAGGCGACUCAAGAGCCCGUGCUACACGUCUAUAAUUCACUCAGUCGAUCCAAAGUCCCUUUCAUUCCUACGCACGGUAGAUCCGUCACUUGGUAUAACUGCGGUCCGACCGUUUACGAUUCUUCCCAUAUGGGCCACGCUCGCAACUACCUCACUCAGGACAUCAUACGCAGAAUCCUACGCGACUAUUUCAGCUACGACGUUAAAUUUGUCAUGAACAUUACAGACGUCGAUGAUAAGAUCAUCUUGAAAGCCAGGCACAGCUAUUUGUUCAACAAGUACAAGCAAGACAAUGGCGUGGCUAACGAUACCGUCAAACGCGAUUUAGUUGCUUCAUUUGAGGCAUUCGUUGAGAAAGUGAAACCAUCAUUUAGUUCUAUACCACCAAAUUCAUCCUCCCCCCAAGAAUACGCGGCGGCUGUUAUCGAUCACUCUCACUCUCUCCUUCCUUCUUGGCUUGAACACGAACCUAAGGCGGGAAUGUACGUGCAAACUCUCAAGGACUCCCUCGAAGCACUCCAGACACUCUCACUCGACAAGGCUUACGAUAUUCUCUCUCCAUACCUCGACAAGCACCACGGAGAGAGUGUAACCGAUCCUGCUAUUUUCAGAUCCUUAGCUGCUUACUGGGAGGCUGCUUUCUUCAAAGACAUGGCCGCACUUAAUGUCGAAAAACCUGAUACACUCACCCGAGUGAGCGAGUAUGUGCCUGAAAUCAUCCACUUUGUCGAGAAGAUUAUCAGUAAUGGAUACGCAUAUGCCGUUGAAGAUGGGAGUGUGUAUUUCGAUACGAAAGCAUUCGACCAUUCUAAGUCGCGCAAAGGGUUUGAGCACGUGUACGCCAAAUUACAGCCAUGGUCGAAAGGUAGCAAGGAGUUGAUCGACGAGGGUGAAGGGAGUCUAAGUAGUGGGGGAACGGGAAAGAAGGGCAAUUCAGAUUUCGCGCUAUGGAAGGCGUCUAAACCGGGUGAGCCAUCGUGGCAGUCUCCUUGGGGCGCAGGCAGACCAGGAUGGCACAUCGAGUGCAGUGUUAUGGCGUCCGAAGUUCUCGGUCAUAACAUAGACAUACAUUCAGGCGGUGUAGAUCUGAAAUUUCCUCACCAUGACAACGAAAUUGCCCAGAGCGAGGCGUGUCAUGACUGUCCAGCGUGGAUUAACUACUUCCUUCACACAGGCCACCUUCACAUCGAAGGGCAGAAGAUGUCCAAAUCUUUGAAAAACUUCAUCACCAUCGACGACGCUCUCGCUAGGUACUCACCCAGACAGCUGCGCCUAGCGUUUAUGCUGCAGCUGUGGAACACGCCGAUGGACUUCAAGGAGAGUGCGAUGGCGGAAGUGCGCAACUACGAGAGCAUGCUGAGCAACUACUUCAGCAAUAUCCGCGCACUGCUGCGCGACAGGCGCGAUAGAGAGGUAGGAGAAACUGAGAGAGAGUUGGAGUGGGACGGCAGACACCACUACGAUGCGCGCGAAAAGGAGCUGGAUGGGAAGCUGACGGCGGCGAAAGAAGGAGUGCGCGUAGCGCUUUGCGACAGCUUCAAUACGCCUUCCGCACUGCAGGUCAUGGGCAGUCUGGUGAGUGACGCUAAUGUUUACAUGGCGCAACAGCGCGCGGCGAACACGGUCAUGAAUGUAGAUGUACUAGAGAAUAUAGCCAAGUACGUCACGCGUAUGCUGUCGAUAUAUGGCGUCAUACCCACAUCGCAGCUGCUCGAGAUCGGCUGGGCUGAUGCGCAGGGCGAGCAGAACAGGAGCAGAGAGGAGGACGUCAUGCCUUACGUUAAGGCCCUGUCCUCUUUCAGAGACAGCGUCCGUCAGAUCAGCAUCGAAAAUAAGGAUGAUGGCCUCGCGCAGAUUCUUAGACUCUGCGAUCGCAUGCGCGAUGAGGACUGCGUCGAUCUCGGCAUCGCACUUGAUGACCAAAACAGCGGUAAGGCACUCGCUAAGCUGGUCAACCCCGAUGAGCUACGCGCGGCAAGGUCCGAGAAAGAACGCCAAAUAACCGCUAAAGCUGAGAGAUCGAGGUUGGUAAAAGAACAGGCUGAGCUGAAGCGCGUCGAGAAACUCAAGAAGAGCAGCAUCAACCCGGCGGAAAUGUUCAAGGGGCUGCAGGAGUAUUCGAAGCUCGAUCAAGAUGGGAUACCUACCCACGACAGCCACGGUGAAGAGUUAUCUAAGAAACGCCGCAAGAAUGUCAUCAAAGAAUACGAAAUACAGGCUAAGGCGUAUAGAGAAUACUUAGACGCUGGUAGUCCUUCCGUCUGA